AUCGCGGUCCUGUACCGGCCGGCCUCCCUAUACCACCCCCAGCGGCGGGCUAUACUGCACCUGAAAACGCAACGCCGAAAAAUACGGGAGAAAAACCCCGUCAACAAUAAGCCGCCGUUUUUCGACUUAACGCCACUGAAAGCCAAAUCACUGCAACUCAUACUCGUGUCCACCUGUCUGUUCAGUUUUGGCUAUUUGUCGCCACUUUUCUAUUGGGUUAAUAUAGUCGAUGAGAGCGCUAGAGCGCUCAUAUCUAAUAUGUAUUACUAUGAGAGCGCGUUCAUGGAUGUCAUAUCUAUAGCCAUGUAUGGGAUGGCUAUCGGAGCGUUCAAUUAUAGCCACAAAAUGCUAGUUUAUAGUAUCAUCAGGGCCAAAAAUUUUGGAAAAGCCUGGUCCUACGUACAGUUUGUUCAAAGUUUCUCGAUAUUCCUGGGAGUUCCCAUAUCAGGUCAUAUAAACGUGUGGUGCGGCGCCGACACUACACCAUAUUAUGGAUUCCUAUUCGCAUCGGUCAUGUGUCUGUCCGGCACUCUAUUGUUGUUGGCGUUGAAUCCGGAAUUCAAAAGUCUGUCCCAGAAUUUGAGCGACAAAUUACACGAAUUACAUCACCAUUCGUGUAAUGCCUCAUCCGAUAUACAGCAUUUGAAUGCCGUCACAUCGCCUAACCCAGCCAUCAAUUAUUCUCGUUCUUCAGACUCCGGGGUUCAGUCACAUCAAGACACCAGCCAUUGCUGUAAUUGCGGCCAACGAUUGCUGUCAAUCGAUGAUAAUAACGAGCCGUUCAAAGAGUACCACAGUAUGAAAGCCGCGGAUGAGAUGCUGAGAUCGCCGACUCUUAGAGCGGAUCCACUGCUCAAUGAGUCGGACGAUGAUGAGGAUGAAGAGGACGAGGAGUUCCGGGACCUGAAGCUCCAGAAUCCGGAGUUUAUAGCCACGUAUAUGAGCGAUGAUAUGUAUAACUAUUAUCUUCGUGGAGAUGUGGAGGAAGGCGUGGCUCUGUUUGAUCCAAACAAGGAUAAGAUGAUCGCCAAUGAUGUCGAUUGUCUGCACGGAAGACAGCAUUUGAUGAGCAGUUGUGAUACGAGUGACGAUAAGGUCUUAAAGCCGCUGAAGAGGACGAUCGAGACGGUGGCUGAAGAGACAUCGAGUGGCAGUUAGAGGGGAGAUAAUAGGGGUGAAUAAAUGGAGCCAGAUCAAUAUUUUUUGUAAUAUUGUCGUACAAAAUCGAUAUUGUUUUUUUCUAAUCAAAC